AUGCGUUCCCAUCCAUAUAGGGCGCCGCCCCCACUUCCCCCUCUCCUCGACGAGCUCUCCACCUACCUGCCGAACCGCGAUGGACGCCGCGCAAACGACGACACGGAAAUCCCGCUGUCCGACUUCAACCCGGACACGAGCAGUUUGUUGCCCCGGAAGCGCCGGCAACAUCGAGUCCGGGUACAAGGGCGACUGGCCCUCGUGCGUAGCGUGUCCGUCGCGAAUCUGAAUGCCUCAACCGGUAUUCCCUCGCCCCGGGACAGCAUUGCGCGGUUUGAUACGGGGAUAACUGGAAAGUCAAGGAGGAGGCGCAGUAUAGACGCUGUUAGUGACAUGGAAGAAGAUGUUGAAGAAAGGGACACGCAAUUCAGGGGUUACGGAAUUGGUGGGGCCGGGAAUAUCCGUACGUGUGACAAGAUCCGCAUUCCAGACGGGGAGAUUAACGGGGGUGUUUGUAGGUCGGCCGACUGA